CACUCAACUGCACCACUCGGUUAGGACGGUCCUCACUCCUCUCAGCUUUGACUCACUACAAACAGCAUGUGCUCUACCACAUGUUGCUCUACCGGGUGCUGCUCCAUCGUGAAGAGCAAAACGGUGUGCUGCAGCCAGCCGUGCCAGAAGACUGUCUGCUGCGACCCGUGCCAGAAGAAGACCAUCUGCUGCAGCCCGUGUCAGCAGUCCUGCUGCUGCGACCCGUGCCAGAAGCCCUGCUGUGACCCAUGCCAACAGACAGUCUGCUGUGACCCAUGCCAGAAGCCCUGCUGUGACCCGUGCCAACAGACUGUCUGCUGUGACCCAUGCCAGAAGCCUUGCUGCGACCCGUGCCAGCAAACUGUCUGCUGUGACCCGUGCCAGAAGCCCUGCUGUGACCCGUGCCAACAGACAGUCUGCUGUGACCCAUGUCAGAAGCCUUGUUGUGACCCGUGCCAACAGACAGUCUGCUGUGACCCAUGCCAGAAGCCUUGUUGUGACCCGUGCCAGCAGACGGUCUGCUGUGACCCAUGCCAGAAGCCCUGCUGUGACCCGUGCCAACAGACGGUCUGCUGUGACCCGUGCCAGAAGCCCUGCUGUGACCCGUGCCAGCAGACGGUCUGCUGUGACCCAUGUCAGAAGCCCUGCUGUGACCCAUGCCAGCAGACAGUCUGCUGUGACCCGUGCCAGAAGCCUUGUUGUGACCCGUGCCAGCAAUCUGUCUGCUGUGACCCAUGCCAGCAGUCCGUCUGCUGUGACCCGUGCCAGAAGCCCUGCUGUGACCCAUGCCAGCAGUCCGUCUGCUGUGACCCGUGCCAGAAGCCCUGCUGUGACCCGUGCCAGCAAUCUGUCUGCUGUGACCCGUGCCAGCAGUCCGUCUGCUGUGUCCCAUGCCAGCAGUCCGUCUGCUGUACCAAGGUGUGCCAGAAGCCCUGCUGCUGCCCUGGAUGUCUGUCUUGCUGCUCCUAUGUGGUGAAGAAGCCCGUUGCGGUGUGUUGCAACCCGGUGCAAUACUGCUGUCCCAUGAGGAAGUACAGCAUUCCCAUCCAGCAGUGCUGCGCUGCAAUCAAGAGACGUUGCUGAGCCAACUCUGGGUAGCAAAAGCAGCUCUGCUGUCUCCCGUCCCUGGCAUGCAACAAGAACAGGCACAAGGAGACAAAAACAUGCUCAUUUGCUUCUGGUUCACAUGAUGAUGGAGUGAACACCUAGUGCUUUUCUUCUUGUUUUCAAGCUUAAGCCAUCUUCUUCAUUCUGUCCUUUAAUUAUUGAACAUCUGCAACGCAUUUGAAUAGAUCACCCACUGUAUAAGGCAAAGAGCUCCUAGAUGUUAGUGGGGCUGUUAAUUCUCUCCUUGGUGUAUGGGACUUGGGGUACCUUUUUCUCUCUUAACUUGUAGACAAUAAACCUUAGCAUUAAGCAAAAUGCAAAA